GACGUGAUCAUUUUGUAAUUUUUAUUUCUUAGGUGAUUUUCUUUUGGUAAAACCGAAUAAGGCCUGGAGCAGUCUCGACCCUGGACACUUUCACCAGAUCGAGUCCCUCUCUCAAUUUCUGUGGUGGGAUUUUCAAUUAACAAUGGCCUCCAAAGCAAGCAGCUCCCUCUUCCAAAGCCUGAGACGCUACAUCAAGAAGCCAUGGGAGAUAACUGGACCCUGCGCCGACCCAGAGUACAAAAACGCGGUGCCCAAAGCCACGGAGUAUCGUGUUCGCUGCCCUGCCACCACUUUGCAAAAGCCCAUCGUCCCUACCUCCGACCCUGAAACCGUCUUCGACAUCAAAUACUACAGCCGCGAUCAACGCCGGAACCGCCCUCCGAUCCGCCGUACCAUCUUGAAGAAAGAUGACGUGGUGAAGAUGAUGAAAGAGAAAACCUUUGAUGUCAACGAUUUUCCAAAGGUCUACUUGACUGCUAAAGUUGAAGAGGAUGAGAAUGCAGUUGGGGGAGGCUACCAGAAAUAGGUUUGAGAGUUAAAAGUUUUGAGCAAUGUUUAUUGGCGAGAUUGGAGAUACUGAUUUUUAAUUUCUUUGAUGAGAUUGGAUGGUUCAAGCGGAUACCGAGUUUGUGACAGAUGGAUUUGGUGCUCAAGAUUGAGGAUGCCUUUAGCAUUCUGAAUUAUGCGGUCUUGAGGGUUCCCCUAUUGUGUCAGGCUUAUGAAAGUUCUGUUUUGGGUCGUAUUAGGGUUAUCAUAAGAUUUAAAUAUUGGUACACAGAUGUUUAGUUUGAUGACAAUGCACUAUACUUUCUAUGAGAACUUGUAAAAAUGUAUUGUGAUGCCCUACUUGUUUUUGACAAUGGAUUUCUAUGUAUAGAAAAUUGGGAUUAUGGCAUA